CGACGCCGCCGGAAAGUAUACGGGCUUCGACGUCGCUGGACGCUCGCCGCGAGAGCGUGGCCUUGCGUCGUGAGGCGCAACGGCGCAGCUUCCUACGCGAGGCCGUCCCCUUUGGCUAGCACGCUGACGUGUCGUGCGAUAGGUGUUUACAUUAAUAAGCCAGCCAGGGAGAAACGGCUGACCGGGCUCGUAGACUUGAGAGGUUGAGCGGCCGCUCAGUAGUUCACGGAGAGCACAGGGAAUUUUCAAGCCUGCUGACUUGCAUAACGGAGGAGCCAGAAGUCUUUUUCAUCAAAAAAAGAGGCAACAAUUGAGGGACAAGGAAACAUCAUGGCUUUCCACGCAAAGAUGGUGUCGUCAGCUGUCCUUGCACUUGCCAUCCUCGGCGUCAUCGAGGCGUCGUCACAAGGCUCUUCGCAAAAGGAUUUACCAGAAUACUGUUCAAAAGGAGGUGAAAUUGACUGGAUGGCUGUGCUGAGCAAGGCCUUCGAACUUUACCAGAACUACGCCUCAAAGCAAGCAGCCUCACCUGCGCGCUCACCUUUAGAAGACAUUCUGGCAGCCGCAGUUCUGCAGAAAAGUGACAGUGCAGUGCCAGGGGAAGAGAGUGGUGCCACGGGAAAGCCUGAUGCCAAAGAGAGUGCAGGCACUCCUCAACCGGACGUCACGGCCGCUCUCCUGAGCUCGCUACUUUCGAACCUGGGGAAUGCCGAUGGUUCAUCGAAGAAGUCAGCUGAAGCCGAUCCAAUGGCAGGACUCAAGACAGUGCUCGAUGGACUGAACGCGUUGAACGGCAAAGGUUCAUCUUCCGGAAGUGCAGGGGCUAUCGAUCUGUCUAAGCUUGCGCCCUUGAUACUUCAAGGACUACCGACUCUCCUUGGGACUCAGGGUAGCGGGUCGCAGACAAGUGUCCUGUCUCUGUUGGGCUCGCUUUUGGGAAACCAGCAAACUGGGAAAGGUCUCGAGAAAAUGUUUUCUCAGGUACUGAAUACCAUCUUUAAUCCCGACAGGAAAGGAAAGGAUGGCGGUGUUGCAGAUGGUUUGGAGCCGGCUAUCUCGAAUGUUAUCGAAUCCCUCCUCAAGGCUGGCUUUAAAGAUGAUGCUUCAACGAACGAUGUACCGAAAGACACAGAAAAGUCAACGCUACGAUCCGAACUAUAAGUUAAUAAAUUAUUUUUUAUUAGUCA